AGUACAUACUUGGUUUGCCAAUCAAGCAAACUGGAAUCUUUCCCAGUAUGAAGGCAGAUGGACCAAAUCAUGUCAUCCAGUAUGGAGUUACACUUGUGAUGUCAUCACACAACUCAAGGUACAUUGUUGGACUGAGCAAAGACUUGAAGAAGGACUUUCCUCUGGCAUCUGCUAAUGAAAAAGAUGAAAAUGUCAACAAAGAUAACAUUGUGCACAUAUACUACAAGGGUGAGGACAGAGAAUUACUCGAGCUUGCUCCACUUUGUGUUACAUAUUUCAUUGUAUUUCUUUAUUUGGCAUUUUCUGUUGGAAAGAUAGAGAUGGUGAAAAGUAAAUGGGGCUUGGCAUUCAGUGCAGUGAUUUGUGUGAUAGCCUCCCUUAUCAUGGCCUCUGGACUGUGUUCUUUCUUUGGCCUUGUUACCACUCUAGAUAGCAGUGAGAUUUUCCCAUAUCUUGUGAUUGUGGUUGGUGUUGAGAACAUCCUGGUGAUAACAAAGUCUGUUGUUUCAACUCCAGUGGACUUGGAGGUCAAGAUAAGAGUGGCUCAAGGGCUUAGCAGAGAAGGCUGGUAUAUUGUAAAAAAUCUUUUAACAGAGAUGAUCAUUUUGUGUACUGGCUUUUUCACCUUUGUCCCGGCUGUGCAGGAGUUUUGUUUUUUUGCCAUGGUAUGCCUGCUGUCAGACUUCUUUCUUCAGAUGGUUCUGUUUGUUACAGUUCUUUCCAUAGACAUCAGGAGAAUGGAGCUUUCGGAUCUUCAGAGGCAGCCAGUACAGGUCAGGCAAAGGAGUCUGUCAGAUGGAUCGCACCAGGCACAAACUCCUCCGUCACCAGUGCCAGGCUCCCCUCAAUCUGCACAACGAGUGCAGUUUUUUGGUUUGUUACCUCCCCUGCCGCAGUCGUCAGUGAAUAAUCAGGGUGACACCCCAAGGAAGUGCCCUGUCUUCUCUAGGAGAUUACCCAAGAGGCUUAAUUUUGCAUACUUUUGGGCAAGAACGAGAAUAGUACAGAAAGCGUGUAUGGUAUGCUUUAUUUGCUACUUUGUGUACAUCUUGAAGUCUCCGGGAUCAGAAUCAGUGGAUACCUCCCGAGAUGCCCAAACGUCAGUCAAUUCAGACAAAUAUAUAAACAUCAACGAUUCAUGGUUAGAUUACAAAGAAAGCAAGACAAGAUUCCUCGAGGGAGUGGACGAGAGUGGUAAUUUGUCAGGAUGGAAAGGCAACGGAAAGAAAAGACCAGGGUUUUCUUUUAAGUCUCCAUCAGUAGAGUUAUGGAGAGGUCUUUAUCAACGGCAUUGGCCUCAGGUGUUAAGUUACUACAACAUAAGUCUCCUAGGCAGGUAUGUGACAGUCUUACCGCACGUUCAUUUGGGCGUGAACAUCGAUACGGACAUUUUUGUUACUGACCUGACUAUGGAAGGUGACCCACUGUCAGCUGGCAGUCAAAGCUUCUCAUCAGUAGAUGGGACAGGAAAACUCCAUCAAUCUUUCGACGGAGCACAGGAGACACCCCCCGGAAAUUCCGCGGGAGGCUCCGUAGCUGAUGAGGACAUUCGAGAUGCGAGGUAUUACCACAACGCUCUUUCGUGUAUGGUACUUGGUGUAGUCGUCAUGAUAAUUCUCUUCUUUGUGUGUAAAUUUCUGAAUGAUCUUCAAGUCAACCCCAGUUCACGACAAGGGAGGAGAGGGAGAGGCCACCAAUGUGAUGCACUGGUGGAGUGCGUUCCCAUCACUCUUAGAGGGCACACACAGAACGUGGAGCAUUUAAAAUGCACAGUAUCAUCCAUCGUCAGUGUUUGUCUAAGUGGCCAGAUAUGUGUUUGGGACAUCGCUACCGGUGAUUGUUUAAGAGUUAUGAACAGAAGGAGGUCAGUUUACUUUGAAACUUUCACUUUGAACUCUUUUUCGAAGAAAAAGGAAUUUGGAGGGAAAAAAAAAAACACGGCGGCCAGACAUUGUUUCAUCAGACACCAUUCACACCAAAUCCUCAGAGCUAAAAUUGUAAGAAAUGUAUGGAACACAUUAAAGCGAACUUAUUUUGAGAUCUUGGUAGUAAAAGGGAGUUAUAAAUGUUUCUUUUUCCAGACCAACAAUCGUCAAGUGAUCAGCGGUGCUGCCAAUGGUGGUGUGCGCGUGUGGGAUGUGAUCAGCGGUGAGUGCCUGCAGCACCUGCGGGGCCAUGUUAAGUCCGUGACCGCUGUCACGUGUACAGCUGAACACUUGCUCAGUGUGAGCCUGGAGAGCGUGUUAUGCAUUUGGGACCGGGCGCGCGGCGAGUGUCUGCAUCGUCUGAAGCAGUUUCCAGAUCUCUGCUCGAACGUAGUUAUGAUGUCGCGAACUCUGUUCAUCACCGGUGGUCAGGGACACAUCUCAGUUUGGGACGUGUUGACCGGGAGACGUGUGAAAACGGUUCUGCUAGGAAACGAUGACACUUCCGUGUUCGUUCGUUUCGUGAAUGUGUGUGAACAUGCAACUGUCGUAUGUGAUUUCGGAAAGGAACUGAAAAUUGUUAAGUUUCCUGCAGUGAUGGACAAGGCUAAAUAGAAUGAAGCAAUUAAGGUAGCGAAAAUUUAUUUAGGUAGUAAGUUGAACAGUGUGACACAUUUUACAAGUAAUAAAAUAUGCCAGGCCAAGAAUUUUGAUGUACCAAGUGUCUCAGAAAUUAGCCAAAUAAUUUGAUUCAAACCUGUCCUUUUUUGCCAGUAUUUUAGUAUAACAAUUUGCAGAACUGAUGCCAAGGUAGACAUAGUGUGGUUACAUUUCCUACACGGGAUAAUGUUAGUGCUAUGUUAGGAAAUUUUAAUAGGAGAUGAGAAAUUUAAAGAGCUCUCAGUUAUUCAUUUUUCAAGACAAAUACUUUCACUCGAAAUUCCCGGAACUGUGUAAUUUAUUUCCUGAAAAUGAAGUCGUAGCACCUCGCUGAAAUAACUUCAUAGAUCGCUUUAGAGGUUCGUGAACUUUUUCAAUGUUUCAAAACGGUAAAAACAAAUUAUUUUCUAUGUUUGAUGGGCAGCGAUAUAUUAUGUUUUCUAAAAAACAGCAUCAACGUGCUGGAUAUUUAAAAGAAUACCUAUUCUUAAAUUGUAAUUUAAAUGGUAGAAUUCUGUUAUAGGAAUGAUAAGCGUGAUGUUUUACAACUCUUCGUCUCCGAUGAAUUUUAGCUUUAACCAAAUUUAAUUGUAGGUAAUUGAUGUGCCAUGAUCUCGUUCUGUUUUAUUUUAUAAGAACUGAAACUUAAGUCUUUUAUUUCUAAUAAAAUACGAAACUGACAUGAGUACUCUUUUUCUUAGUUUAUUUAUCUGUAAACUAAGUGUACAUUGAAGAACUAUUGUAGUAAAAUAAAAGUAAAAUAAAAGCACUAGU